AUGAAGGACAUUUACUCAGGCGGCACACAAGUUGUGGUGUACCUCGGCGAUGGAAAGAACCACCGACCAAAGCGCCUCUCCGAGCACCACAUAAUCUCCAAAGCUCCUACCCAACAACACUUUUACAAUGACGAACGCGAUGGGGUCCACCUUGAAGAGUUCUGGGCCGCACUUUCCGCCUCAGCCAUGCCCUCCCUCCCAAUGAACGAUAGGAGCAAACGGCCACGGAUUCGAUCUCGGCAUCUCUCUUCAACAUUCCACAUGUUCUGUCUCCUCCGGGUACUGGGCGACGAAGUCUUGACUUCUGACCUUGUCGACAGGAUGCGCAAACUCACCGCCAUGGACCCCUCCUGCGACCUGCUUGGUACUAUGGUGGAAACCCUGCGCUGUAUGCUCCUCAACCCAUGGUGGCAGCGCAUCUGGGUCGUGCAGGAGAUGAUUGUCAGUCGAGUGGCAGUCGUCCGUUGCGGCACAGUGACAUGCCCAUGGGACAUGUUUAUUGCUGCCGCCUCAUCGCUUUCGAGCUCCUCUGUCGAAAUGUCCACAAUCUUCCGUCCCGAUAGCAUCAAGGUGCUUCAGUACUUCUGUCGCCAGGUUCUGAGCUUCCGCGAUUUACGCAACCAGUGGAAGAAGAAUCUCGGCGCCCCUAUGCUGACUCUCCUCCAGGACUUCAGCGCGAGACGGGCAACUGAUGAGCGAGACAAGGUAUUUGCCUUGCUGGGGUUGGCAUCCCAUUCUCAGAGAUUCCUUGCCUUGGCAAGCUAUGAGGACUCAGUUGCCGAUGUGUACCGAGCAACAGCCGUGGAGCUUAUUCGUCGGAGUCACUCUCUGGAAAUCUGGCAUGGUGACUUGGCACGGAAGAACAGGAGAGAUCUUGCAAGCUGGGUUCCAGACUGGAGCGCAGUGUACGAUGAAGGUGAUCGCCAGCGGGCACAAAGAGGUGGCAGGGAAAAGGGCGAACCUAGUUCGGCGUGGAAACUGACUGUGGUACAGUCAGAGGGGGGAUACUGGAAGUUUGUGGUCGAAGGAAUGACACUGUUGUUGCACUGGAUCAACGAGAAUCCACAAGAACGAAAACUACCGAAACGCAUGGAGGAGGAAUUCGACUCGUACCACCGACUACUGAACAUCACCUGCCUGGAUUUCUACCGGAGGAGAGACGCCAACGCGUUGGUAGCCACCGUCGAGAGGAUACAGGAGCUAUGCAUCAACCUGAAAGCUCACUGCUCUUGGGGCAGUGCAUAUGAGGACCUCGCCAAACACCCUUCUAUCAGCGCAUUUGGUCGUUCGGCGGCUUUUUAUCGCGAGGUAAAAUCAAAGUCUGAGGUUGGCCAAGUUACCCCCAACAUGGACUCAGAAUCUCGGGAUGAUUUCUGGUUUGGAAAAGACACAGCGGCUUGGCUUGAUCGGAUGGUGAUCAGGUAUGAAACGGUCACUUUCCGAACCCCCAAAUCGGAGACUGCUAUCCAGCAUCAUUUUAGAUGGGAGCUUGAUGAAUCGAGAUGGUAUCCUGAUGGACGCAGACGAAAGAGCUUUUUGUCAAUGGAAUCCAUGCCUCUGGGUACGGUAAGACAUGUCGGCGAGCGACUCUUUUCCUGGGACGAUCGCGAUUCCGCUUUCAGCACGAUUUCGAAAUGGGUCUCCUACUACGAAAAGAUGUCAGGGUAUCACAGGGUGAAGUUGGCCAAGACCUGCUGGGCGAAACCAAUCUCACCGAAACACUACAGAGUACAGCUGAAGUCGAUGGAGUUGGAGAUGAGAGCCAUCGUGAUACUGUGGAAGCGCUGCUUCUGGAGUGGCUUGAUCAUGUGCUUGAACGUCACGAUUUCCCAGACGAUGCAAACAUGA